CAACACCCCAUCGCGCACAACAACAUGUCCAUGUCCACGUCCACUCCCACUCAACAACCCGACGGCGACGCCGCCUCUCUCGCCCGUCUCUCCCUACACGACCCCAUCCACUUCAGCAUCCAGCACUCCCAAACCCAGCACCGCCUGGUCCUCCUGCAGGAAUGGAACAUCCCCAGCGACUCCAAGAUCCUAGAGCUCGGAUGCGGGCAGGGAGACUGCACGACGGUUCUUGCGCAUGCGGUAGGCUCGCAGGGGCGGGUAGUAGCGGUCGAUCCGGCUCCCUUGGAUUACGGUGCCCCGUAUACCCUCGGCCAAGCCCAGGAUCACCUCUCGCAAGGCCCGCUAGGCGGGCGGAUUACCUGGGUCCAACAGCCCCCGCUGGCGUACCUCGCCUCCCUCCCAGCCAGCGAAGACAUGGCCUUCGACGCAACCGUGCUCGCCCACUGUCUAUGGUACUUCUCGUCGCCCUCCCUCAUCCUCUCCACCUUCCGGGCCCUCAGGCAGCACAGCAAGCGUCUCCUCCUCGCCGAGUGGUCCUUGGUAGCGACGCACCCAUCGGCCCAGCCUCACGUCUUAGCCGCGCUCACCCAGGCCGCGCUGGAGUGCCGGAAGCCCACCAGCGACUCGAACAUCCGCACGGUGCUGGGGCCAAAGCGGCUGACCCAGCUGGCUCUGGCUGCUGGGUGGCAGCUGGAGCGGGAGACCCGCGUGCCGGAUCAGGGGGAGGGGGGGUUGUUGGACGGAAAAUGGGAAGUCGAUGCUUGUCUUUCUUCCUCGUUUGAACGGGAAGUAGAGGAGGUCGUGAGUGAUGAAAGGGAACGGGCGGUGAUUCUUGCGUCCCGGGAUGCGUGUGAGGCCAGCGUGCAGGGUGUACAGGGGGGUCGGAAGGGUGUUAGGGCCAUGGAUGUUUGGGUGGCUAGUUUUGUUUGAUCAGUCGGGCCGGCUGAGCGUGUCCUGGCCAGCGGGAGCGGGCUGCCCCAGUAAGGCUUGCGAAGGGAACUUGUAUGUAGGUUAUGUUGC